UGAUGCACCGGAAGUAAAAGUUCCUUACGGGAGAGUGAAGUAGAAUGAAACAAAACGAAGAUAACGAUCCCAACCUGUUUUCUAAUUAAGGACUUUUAAAGAACACGUUUUUCUUUUAUUUACAAUGGAAAAAUACCGAAAUCAUUUGACAAAAUUUUACUAACCCGACGAGGUUAUUCUUGUAAAAUAUAAUAUCGUAAACCUAGGAGUGUUUUCCUAUCAGCUACAAUGCUAGCGGCUGUUACGACCGGCUUUCCACCGUUUGAUCCGCACCAUCAAUGACCAUGGAUGCCAAAGUUGUCCUUGAGUUUGCUACAGUCACGCGGGGCUUCUCUUUGCUUCUGCAGGCUGUCCUGAAUGCUGCCAUUCCCGACCACGACGCUGAUGCGUUCAGGCCCCCUCGGACAGAAGAGCCUCUGUAUCUGGACUCACUGGUGGAUUGGUUGUUUGGCGGUCUCUCCCACUGGGAUGCUGAGCAUUUUCUCUUCAUUGCAGAGAGGGGCUACCUCUACGAGCACAACUUUGCCUUCUUCCCGCUCUUCCCCGUGGUCAUCCGGGGGCUGGCGGAGACUUUGCUGUGGCCCCUGAGCAGCUGGCUGAGUGUGCGGGGUCGGCUGCUGCUGGCUGUUGCUCUGGGAAACACGGCUCUGUUCUUACUCAGCGUGCUAUCCCAGCAUGCCCUCAGCAGACUCGUCCUGCAGGACCGGCGCCUUGCCCUGCUCUCCAGCUUGCUGUACUGCGUCACUCCUGCCAAUGUUUUCAUGACGGCCGGUUACUCCGAAAGCCUGUUUGCUGCUCUGACAUUUGGAGGUCUGUUCCUGUUGGAGAAAGGGUUCACGUUCAGAGCCUGCCUUGCCCUCAGCAUUGCUACAGCAGCUCGGUCUAAUGGCCUUGUCAACAUGGGCUUUUUACUCUAUCUCCCAUCCUUGUAUGCCAUUUCCCAAAUCCGGGUAUACCGCGCCACAUCUAAAGGCCACAGUAAAGUCCUCCAUUACAUCUGGGUCAUCACCCGUCUCAUCCUCACCUCCCUCUUUGGGUGCACAAUAAUCGCCCUCCCCUUUUGUGCUUUCCAGUAUUAUGGGUACAGGACUUUUUGCACCCCUUCCACCUCCCCGGAGCAGGUCCACCCUGCCCUCUUGUCCCUGGCGGAGCGCAAAGGUUACCGCAUUCCAGAUGAAAAUGGUCCACCGCCCCUCUGGUGCAUGAGACCCCUCCCUCUGCUGUACUCUCACAUCCAGGAUGUGUACUGGGAUGUGGGAUUCCUCCGGUACUUUGAGCUGAAGCAGAUACCAAACUUUAUCCUGGCCCUGCCCAUGGCCACGCUCGGCAUAAUGGCUGCUUAUGCUUACUACCAGGCUAAUCCAGAACUCUGCGUAAGACUUGGACUUUGGAGAUCCAGUUCAAACGAAGGGCUUGACAAACCAAUGCCAGGCUUUUUUAACCCCCGCGUGUUUGUGUAUGUUGUCCAUUCGACCGUUCUCCUGGUCUUUGGAACACUGUGCAUGCACGUGCAGGUUCUAACUCGGUUCAUGGCCUCUUCCACCCCCGUGCCCUUCUGGAUAAGCGCUCACCUGCUCCUCCUCAACGAGCCGCUUCUCCACCGAAGGAGAACGUCGAAACCCAACGUCCAGCUGCAGCCCCACUCCAGGAACGGCUGCAGUCACACGCCUCAAAACCCCAUCAUUGCACUGCUGACAAACUUCAGGAGCUGUUCUCCAACCACGCAAAGCAUCCUGGGAUACUUUGUCUCCUACUGGCUCGUGGGACUUGCUCUGCACUGCAACUUUUUGCCUUGGACUUGACUUUAGAUUUUACUGGGAUGUUUUUUCUAUGUAGGACUGGGCUGUAUCUACAACUUUGCAACAUUAUAAGUAAUUACACACUAGGGUGUUACAUAAUACUCCAUUAAUAGUGAAGAGUACAUGUUAAUGCAGUAAUGUGCAUGCAAAUAAUUCAUAUACCUCAAACUAUUUCAGUCUCAUUUCUUUAUAAGAGAAAACGUGGGUUGCCUGAUCUUGCAUAGAUUAUUUUUGAAUGUGAUUUAUGUAUUUUUUGGUGUUUCAUUUUUAUGUUUGUUGAAGAGGACGUUAAAAACAAUUGCAUGACUUCAUUUAAGGGGGAGGGUUUCUUGUUUACCUUUUGAAAACUUGAAUAAUUUAUCAUCUUUUGCACUGCAUGUCCAAAAGAACUGCUCUAAGUCAAAGCUGGAAAUAUUUUUAGUAUAUGAAAACUGGAAAAAAUGAAAAAGAGUAAGGUCAUUUUUUAAUUUUGUUUUUAUUUUUAUUCACACUUGAGAGUAAAUAAAACAACAAAAUGCUAUGCUGACUUUAUGAAA